UAUCUCCCCUCGUAUAGAGAAGAGGUCACCGAGGUUUCUGACAAAGUUACCUUCGCUCUACUUUCUUUGCCCUUCUUUUGGUGCUUAUCUGUCCCACCAAUAGAUAUUCCCCCCACACGAUUAAUAUUUAUUUUCCCCCGACUUCUUACUAUACGACCCGUUUAAACAUGUUGACACGGGUGCAUUGAUUGCUGGCCAAUUUUUCUAGUCUUGAUAAUGGAAGCGGUUCUAUUAGAAGCAGUGAUCAUUAUUUAGCCGGGAUGAUUCCAUGGCCAUACUGUAUUUCACCCACGGUUGGAUUAUUAGUCUUCGGACUGGAGCUGGAAAUUGGACUCAGGUAGCACCAUGGCGUCGCACAAGUCUGAGAGCGGUCGAAUACCGCGAUUAAAGGACCUUGCGUCCCAGUCGCGAAACGCACCACUGCCUGUUAUCAAUGCAUCGGCGAGAGUUGCUAAUUCCUCAAUUUCGCUGUCAUCAGCACUGCGCAUGACAAGGCCUACAAACAUUAGAACCGGGGCCAACAAGGGGUCAUCUCUAUCCCACACUGAUUCAGGUCAUCCUGUAGCACCAUCGAAGCCUCCUAAAAUACCCUCUACGCACAAUGCUCGCUCGUUGUUACCUCCACGAGCAGCUACGCAUCCGCUGCCGUCAGUAGCUCGCUCUACCCCAAGUGUGUUAAAUACUGAACGAGGACCACCGCUACGGGUAAACACUGAGACACCUUCCAAUUCACUGACUGUUGAUUAUCAACAGCCUGUCCGUGGUAAACCACGGAAUGUUCUUCGGAGGAAGGCACCGACUAUUGGUCAACACACUGGGAAUAACAAGUCAAUCACCGAGGGGACAAAGCCCGAAAAGCUAAAUGUUAUGAUUCCAGAUACUACCCCUCCGGACCAAGUCAUGGAUGGAAGUUCCCCACUCCCGCGGCGUCAAACCGAGUCUAUAAAGGAAACAUUUUCGCCAUACAUACCUCAGGAUACAACUGUGGGAGGAACCCCCGAACAGCAUGCUCACAAUGGACCAAAGGAGCUUGCAAGUCUACGAACUACUAUCAAUACGCAAAACCUACCUCCUCCAACGCCUAUAUUCGCCUCGGCCAGUAGUCCAUCAACAAGAUACUCUGGCUCACCGGGUAUGUGGAGUAGGACAUCUACGCCCACAUCCUUAUCUUCCUAUUCCCCAGGAAUUGUACAACCGGUUAAGGCCGUACCCCGUAUCAGACAACCAAGCCCAUCUCAAACCAGACUUCCUGUCUCGUCGCGGCAGGCACAACAAAUAUCGCAAGAACAUUCAGUCCAGUCGAGGGCUAACAAGUCCCCUGGUUCCGUCCCAGAGCUGAGCGCAAACUCUUCUUGUAAAAGCGGAAGUCAGGAUUCUGCAGUGAAAGGGUUGACAGUGGAUACUUCCACUAUUUCUGGCAGCCUUUCCUCUAGGAAAACAGUCGCCAAGUCUUGUCUCCCGAGAAAGACACAAGAGAAGGCUGUCACAGAGUCCGGCUCCUCAAGCAAAGAGACCUCCCAAGCUAUUCGAUCACCUGAGAGCACUAAAGUAAAUGGAGCCCAGGAAAUUGAAAGCAAUGCUACGCACAUACCAGCACGACCAAGUAGGGAGGGAACACAUAUGUUGCAGGUGGAGCCGUCACCCGUUGUCCGAAGUAACCUGUUACCUGAUACAGUGACAAGCCAUAAAAGACGUCCAUCAGUGGAAAGCUCAUUCACUUCUGAGAGACUUCCGCCAGGCUCCAUUCAAUCGGCGUCAACUUCAGUGGAUUCACUACCGUCGAGGAGUCCUUCUCAACUGCCUUCCCGUCUGUCACCUGAGCUUUCAAGAAAACCCCCACGGGCCUCAAUAAAAGAAACAAAGGCGCGACCGGCACAUCAGACACCGACAAGCCCAUCCAAGAGUCGAAGAUUUGGGCUGUUCACCAAGAAGUCCAAGCCUGAAUUGGAAACACAAUCGUCUGAAGGAAGUCGUACAGCUCGAAAGGGCCCAUCUGCGGGAACAGGGCACGAAGGAUACGGCAAGUACGCACAACGCGGUCGAAGGACAAGCGUCACCAGUAGCGGGUCUAGGACAAGAUCAACUAGCACGGUGAGAAGUGCAUCUAGAUCUGUCUCUAGUAAAGGAAGCAUGAACAGUCGCCCAGAAAUGGAACUCGAUGAUUUCUUGCUUGAUCGUCUCGAACCUGUCUUUAUCAAUGGUGGAGGUGUUGAUGGUACGGCAUUGGCUCGAACACAGAGUGAGCAAAGCUCAAGUGGCCUCAGCACAAGCUCUGCCACGAGCCUACCCCAGGAGGCCACAACCCCAAAGCCCUACGGCUAUUCCACCGAAUCAUUGACGUCGUCGACCAAUACCAUUGGUAAGCUUGAAAAGACCGGUCAGGAAACCACCCCAGAAAAGAACGUGCGGGCAGCCCCUGCAUCUAUUCACCAGUCAAAGACUCGCUAUACUGAAAAUUUGGAGAAGCCAAUUUCAAGCUCACAUGUCGGUUCUGAGAGACCACAACCACGUGCAAUUGGCUCUGGGCAACCUCGCCCAGGUGCUAGGGGUUCACCAAAUUCUGUGAAGACAAAUGGGGUGACGAGUCAGUCAAAUAAGUCACCCAAGAAAGGAUUAGGUCUCAAAUGGAAUUUUUUCCAGAAAAGCCGCGACACUAAAAAUGCCGAGAGUGAAGUUCCACUCCCACCUCAUCGUGUCCAAGCCACGGUAUCGCCAACAGCAGCAGCAGCAGUUCGUCGGCCUAUUGCGCAUUAUGCUUUGGUUGAUGUUGACUCUGACACCUUGGAGGAUAUUAUACGGAAUGUUGAAGAUUCACCGCCAACUGAGGAGGAAAAGAUAGAUACUCCAGUGGAGAUCCCAGCGGCCUUGAAUAUUAAGAGGCCUAGCGAAUCUAUUUUGCUGCCGUCCCCUCCUAAGCUGAACGGCGAAUUCAAGGCUUCUACGAAAGUCUACUUCAAUAGGGAUCCGGUGCCUCCCAGCUCCCCACAUCUAGCAGAACCCCCGGAAGAGCAGCGCCCAACACGCCUUGCAUCGGUCGGUCGGAUACCACGUGUAGUCUCGAGAAGAGACAGGCAGCACAAACCGGCUUUUCAAUCCUUCUCGAGGCCAUUCAGUAUGGCUGAUUCCCCUUCGAUCGCAGCUCCCGUGGCAACUACUCUAUCUGACUACUCGCCGCCGGGCUUACCCGCACUGGAGGCUCAAACAGGGACGUAUCAUGGGAAUCCGUCAAGCUUUGCCUUUGAUUUUACUCAACCAUUUGGCGACCCUACGGGCCGUAGCGUUUUGGACUUUCUUGCUGGACCUUACUCCUCGGACCAAUUCUUGACAUUCUAUCCUAGAAAGGAUUCAACGACGACCAUAACAAGUUCAAGUGGCUCAGAGAGCCUAGCAGCAGUCACAGCUGUUAUCCCGGAGCCUGAGUCGGCUUUAACUGAGGAUGAAGUAUGGGGAGAAUAUGAUGACCUCAUUGACCAUGUUCUCUCUCCUGAAACUGCGAGGGCUCGUUGUCCAGGUGAUUCAGAGGCGGAUGAGAAGUUUGAACUGGCCGCUAUGGCAAGUAGAGCUCUUCAAGCUGAACUCAACGGACUCUCCGAUCGCCAGGCGUUUUCCACAGCUGUUGAGAACCCGGCUGUAGCACUCACUCCGGCAUCUCCAACUUCAAGCACCGGGUCUUUCCACCUGAGGCGAUCCAAGAUUGCCCCAACUCUACACUCGUCACUUGUGCCUUCUAGUCAACCCUCGUUUAGUGACAUAAUUGCCUGUUACCAUAAUGAUGGAAGUGUAGAAAGCCUACAUGGGGAGAACCAACAUAAUUUAUCGACCCCAUCCCUGUCCAUUGAGCAGCAGUCCAGCUUCCUCACAUCGCCUUCUUUGAAUCCCUCACCAAGCUUCGAAACCUGUCGGCAACGAAAUACAAUUUUGUUUGAUAUCGCUGAGCGUGACCGGGAGGGACCGACAGCACAAACCAACAUCAGAUCGGGGUCACUCAUGACUAGUCGAUGGUUGUCCUUCGGAAGGGUUCUAUUCAGCCCUGCACAUAAUCACAUCAAAACCGGAGAGGAAGAGCGGAUCCUAGUAGUGGAUGGACUAGGAAACGAUGACUGGUCGUUUUACUGUGCUUUGACAUAUCCUAAUGCAGAAGUGUACAACCUGAACGAUGCACCAACUCCGACAGCAUCCAAACAUCCAGACGCCUGGCAACCGCCAUCAAACCACCACACUAUCCACCAUGCAAGCCUUGAGGAUCGAUUUCCAUUUCCUAAAAGAUACUUCGCAGUGACUGUUCUGCGCUUCCCCGCAGCAUGCUCCGAAUAUGUUCAAGAUAAUAUCAUCUCAGAGUGCAAGCGUGUGCUGCGCCCCGGGGGCUACAUGGAGAUGAGUCUACUCGAUCUCGACAUGGUGAAUAUGGGGAUCCGCACCCGAAAGGCUGUCAGAAAUCUGAAGGAGAGGACCUACCUAACAGACCCCAGUAUCAGCCUCAAGCCUUCAAGCGACAGCAUACAACGCCUUCUGGGACGACACGGGUUCGACAAUCUACGACGCUGUAUGGUACGGAUUCCAGUCGCAGGAAUGAUCGUGAGAUCAUCAGCCUCGUCCUCAUCCACAUCAUCCUCGAAUCCAUCCACAUUAGCGGUGACAGCCACCUCCUCAACCGCACUGUCACACCCCUCCAACUCAUCGAUAGGCGCCCAGGCAAAAGCCCAUAGCAAAUCAUCCUCCAACGACACCGACCUAUCCCUCGGCGAUCUCCUUUCGGACCCAUUCCCUUCCCCUUCCAACGACGAAUCCAUCCGGAAAAUCGUCGCCAGAGUCGGUCGCUGGUGGUACACAAGGUGCUAUGAGAUACCCGUCCUAGCGAACGGCGACGCAGGCCUCAGCAUCUGGUCCGAUAAGAAGGUACUCCGCGAAUGCCAGAAGCGAGGCACCGGGUUUCGGCUCUUAAUCGCAUAUGCACAGAAGCCGAGCGAGAAACGCAGAACAGCAAGCGUUUAGACGGCAAUUCUUGCCGCUCAUGAAAUUUCAUGAUAAAUUA